GGCUUUAGUGGGCGCGGUCUCAACCAAGAGCUCAGCUCUGCUGGGGGCGGCGCCAUUAAGGCCACGCCUCCAGCGCCGGCUCUGGGUGGCUCUGGAGCGUUGUCGUGGCUCUGUGGGGCGGAGACUCGACCGUUUCUCUCAGAGUCCAGCGCUCAGCCAGCGCCGUCAGCCUCGUCCCAUUCUUCCGGUUUCCGGUGGCCGCGCCGCCUCCCUCCGAAGCUUAGGGAUACGCCCUCUAGAGAGCUCGCCGUCGCCCUCUUUUCAGCCUCGAACUCCUCAGAGUUGUUCCGGAGUAACUCCAGCCCAACAUUCCCUGCUCUGGUUCUCGCCCCUUGGAGGACCCCGGCCCCACACUGCCCACUUUCCUGGAUGUGCUGGCCCCUUCCACCCCUCUAAAAUGCCCAAUAACCUCCAGGGGGUCUUCCUGAAAGCCGCAGAGGAAAAGUCAGGCAACGCCUCGCAUUGUGUUUCAGGCUGCAUGUACCAAGUAGUUCAGACGAUUGGCUCGGAUGGAAAAAAUCUUCUGCAAUUACUUCCAAUUACUAAUGCCUCUGGAAAUCUUAUACCGAUAGUUCAAUCUUCAGUCAUGUCUGAUGCUUUGAAAGGGAAUACAGGAAGCCCAGUUCAAGUUACUUUUCAGACUCAGAUUUCCAGCUCUUCCACAAGUGCAUCAGCAGUUCAAUUGCCCAUUUUUCAGCCAGCCAGUUCUUCAAACUAUUUAUUUACAAGAACAAUAGAUACAGCAGAAAAAGUUAGAGUUACUUCUGUGGGAACUGAAAAUUUUACCUCAUCAGUUUCUAAAGUUCAGAGUCAUGGUGUGAAAAUUGAUGGACUCACCAUGCAAACAUUUGCUGUUUCUCCUUCCUCAACACAAAAUGAUUCAUCUUGCUUUUUAGUAAAUACCCAGAGUCUUCCAAUGACUGUGAAAUCUUCAGUUUUGCCUUCUGGGCAUCAUUUACAGAUUCCAGCCCAUGCUGAAGUGAAAUCUGUACCAGCGUCAUCAUUGCCUCCUUCAGUUCAGCAAAAGAUACUUGCAGCUGCAACAAGUACCUCAGGAACAGUUGAGCCCUCCCAAAUACCAUCUGUUAUUUAUGUUUCUCCUGUAAAUACAGUGCAAAAUGUAGUUACCAAGAACUUUCAACAUAUUUACCCAAAACCUGCUACAGAAAUAGCAAAGCCAGUGAUACUAAAUACCACACAAAUGCCAAUGAAUGUUGCUAAAGAGACACAAUUAAACGGUGGUCAGCAUUCUCAAGCUGCUCCAGUGAAAUGGAUUUUUCAAGAAACUCUACAGCCUUGUACUCCAUCUCUUGUUCCUGUUAAGUCUUCAAAUAAUGUGGCUUCAAUGAUUUUAAAAAGUUUUGUAGAUAAGAAAAAUUUGGGAGAUGAUACUAUAAAUAUGGCAACAUUGAGUACCAUCAGUCAUAGUGGGACACAGUCCAAAAGUAUGCCUAUUAAAGAUAAUGCUUUGGUUAUGUUUAAUGGGAAAGUCUAUCUAUUGGCUAAAAAGGGGACAGAUGUUUUGCCAUCACAGAUUGACAAACAGAAUUCUGUUCCUCCUGAUAUUCCACCAAGAAAAGAUCUAUCACAGAUAGUGAGUUCAAGUGCAGUCACAGAAAUAUCCAGAAAGGUUGUAAAUUUUGUUUUGGCUAAAAAUAAAUCUACCCAGAUGGAGACAAAAUCACUUUCAAAUACCCAGCUUGCUCCCAUGGCCAAUCUAAGGGCAGAGAAGAAUAAAAAUGUGGAGAAACCAUCUCUUUCUACCCCAAACCCGCAUAGUCCGAACCCAUCUAUUAACUACUUAAAACAGAGUAAGACUUUAUUCAUAAAGGCAGACUGUCCAGAUGGAUUUAGUACAGGACAAAAUGCCCCCAGAAAAGGAAAUGUCAUCCAGAGCAUAGAGAAAAUAAGUUCCUCUGUUGAUGCAACAAGUGUUACUUCACAACAGUGUGUUUUCAGAGACCAAGAACCAAAGAUCCAGAAUGAGAUGGCAUCAACAUUAGGAAAAGUUAUUCAAGAAAGAAAUGACAAGAAAAAUUCUCAAGGAAGAAACACUAAGGCAUCAUAUGUGAAGACUGAUGCUGAAUUUAAAAAGAUAUUUGGUCUCACUAAAGAUUUGAGAGUGUGCCUUACUCGGAUUCCUGAUCGUUUGGGCUCUGGAGAAGCUUUUAAUACUUUUAGAAGUUUGGUGAAGAGUGAAAAAGACACAGAGUUUAUAGUGAAGGAGAAAGACAGAAAACAGGGUUUUGAUAAGAAAAGAAGAGCAAAAAACAUUAAGAAGAUGGAUUACACAAAAAAGAAGAAAACUGAGAGUGCUUAUAACACAACUGUAAAUGGAGGAACUAAUGUCACCAAUUCCCAACUCAUUAGCAGUAUUUUACCAACUUUAGAUGUAUCACACCAUAACAUUCUUACAAGCUGCAACAAAACCAGAGAAGAAAAGAGAACUGAAAUAGGACACUGUACCCUGGAGAACCAGGAAAAAGGCACAUUGAGUUCAAAUGCAGAUUUUGAACAAAGUCAGUCCUUUAAUAAAAAUUAUACUGAAGAUAUUUUUCCCAUGACACCACCAGAGUUAGAAGAAACCAUUCGAGAUGAAAAAAUAAGAAGACUUAAGCAGAUGCUGAGAGAGAAAGAAGCAGCCCUGGAAGAAAUGCGGAAGAAGAUGCACCAAAAAUAAUAAAAUGUUGCUAUACUUGAAGACUUCAAUGAAUUGGUUGUGUUUUUACCAUAUUUUUUGCAUUGUUAAUUAUAGAUGCUUUUGAAAGUGUUUUUGAAUAUGAAAUUUGUUUUUUUUCAGUCGAUUAUAAAGUUUUAUUUAAGGAAUACAGAAAAGAUUGAUUCAAUAUGACUGUUGAAUAAUCUACAUGGGGUAUCUGAAUCUUUGUCGAGACCUUUUUUUGGAAGGAAAAUUUUUCUAUUUUUCUGUUAUUUUAACUAGCGUUCCCCAAGUUUGAAUAUUUGUGCAGGACUUUUGUUAUUGUUUGUAUCUUUAGCUAAAUUGCUCAGGUGUUAUUCCAACAAUAGAUAAGUAUUGUAUACUAUUCAAAUUAAACAAUCCAAGAGAAGAAAUCAGCUCUAAGCUUAGCUUUGGCAAUGGAUUUUUAUAUGUACUCAUUCAGUCUCUUUACCUGUGAAAUGAUACCUUCUACUCACCAAUGUAAUUUUUUUUAAUUUCAUGAAAGAAAUGUAUUAUAGCAGCAUUAUUUUAAAAUUCAAACAUUUCUUGAGACUGAUGAACACUUGUUUUGUAACUUUUACAAAGUAGUUUCAUAUAAUCCAAAAUGAGUUUUAGAAUUCAUGUUAUACAUUAUAUUGUUUGCUUAAUGUGAUAUGUUAUUGUUUCUAGGCAAAAACUACUUGUUUUUUGAAUAUGUACAUAUGUGACCUUGGACUGUGUGAAAAGUAAAUGUGAACAAUGGUCACAUUUAAUACUUUUUUAAAAUUGUAAAGUGUGGUUUUUCUUAAAACCUGCGAACAGUUUCUAUCUGGUUAUUUUUCAUUUGAAGAGUUUGGUAGUGGUGGGGGGAUAGGAUUGAAGGGGAAGUAGGAAAAGGUUAUUUUAAAAAUGAUUAACAAAUCUCUGGAAGUAAGGUCAAAUAAAAUAUGUACAAUGGCAACAGAAUAGAAAACAAAAUGCUGAGAGGGAGUCGAGUCGAACAAAUACAAACUGUUCAUCAACUAGAUUCUACUACAUUUUCUCUUUUGUAACAGCUUUAUUGAGAUAAUUCAUAUAAAAUUUACCCUUUUAAA